GGUUUGUUGGAGAGGUUACUUUACUGAUGGUGGUUUGUUAGACAGCUAUGUGAACUUGUACGAUUUGUUCAACGUAACCCUCUUUUAAAGGAAAUGCAUACUGACUUGUUCCAAGGCUAAUGUAUGCUCCUAGCACUGCCUAUCUAUCCCUCCAGACUGCGUGCGCUGGGGGGCUAUGUCCAAAGAUGAUAAGAAAAACAUAGCAAUGUCGUCAUCGCGAGUGCGAGUGCGAAUCCGAGUUCGAGUGCGAGUGCGAGUACGAGUGCACGCCGCUAUAUCAGUGGGCAUGUUCCAAGGGCCUCUAUCAUAUUCUUCUCUCCUCGCCUUCUCUUUCCCACAAUGGCCGACGACACUACAAGCUUCCAACUUUACCGCUACACACCCAGCGCUAUUGCGGCUGGUAUAUUUGCUGUCAUAUUCUUUGUAUCUACUAUAUUCCAGACUUGGAGGACGUUCAGAACUCGAUCCUGGUAUUUUUCUGCCAUGAUCGUUGGUGGACUCAUGGAAACUGUAGGAUACAUUGGCCGAGUCAUGUCGCACCACAAUCCCAAAGCUCUUGGUCCAUAUAUUAUGCAGUCGCUUCUCCUUUUGGUAGCUCCCGCUUUAUUCGCUGCCACUAUAUACGUCGUAUUGGGGAGGAUAAUACGCGCGCUUCAUGCCGAGCGGUUUUCUAUUAUACGUCUCAAUUGGCUCACCAGGUUCUUCGUUAUUGGUGACGUCUUCAGCUUCUUUUUGCAAUGCGGAGGUGGAGGCCUCAUGACGUCUUCCAGCAGCGUGAAGCUUGGUCAGCACGUCGUCGUCGGGGGACUGGUCUUCCAGGUAGUAUGGUUCGGAGGCUUCAUCUUCGCGGCUGGCGUCUUCCACCAUCGUAUGCGAGUGGUCCCCACCGUAACGGAAAAGAUGAACUGGAAACAGCUCAUGUAUGUCCUCUAUGCUGCGAGCACCAUGAUCUUGGUACGAUCGGUAUUCCGAGUCGUAGAAUUCGCACAGGGAAACGACGGGUACCUCAUGCGGAGGGAAGUGUGGAUGUACAUUUUCGAUGCCGUUCUUAUGACUGCGGUUAUGACCCUUUUCAACAUCUACCAUCCUAGUUCAUAUCUGCAAGCCGACGGGCAGUAUAUGAUGGGGGAACGCGAGGAGCAAACCACGCGUGACGAAGAGUAUGCGACUACAGUUCCAAUUCACCCCUAUUCGGACCCGCGGAGAGCAUACUAAUCUACAGUUAUGAAAGAGGACUGUAGAUAUCGGACGUUGUAUAGCUGCUAUUCAUGCUCCUUAGAAAAUUCAGCGAUAGAUUGCAGACAAGGAAUGUAUUCUGAG